CGUCGUGCAAAGAGUACUACGUGCAGUUUUGCUGCAGUUCUGAGGAGAUAAAUCACCGCAAAAUGUUGCGUUUACGUGGGGUAGUACAGGCCAAACAUUUGAGGUUGUUGUCUAAGACAAUACUCCCAUCUGCCUUAUGCAAUCAUGUUCCACUGAGGUACGCCAGUCGUGAACCUUUACAUGAAGAAUGGGCGGAGCUUGCCAAGAAACAGCUGAAGGGGGCAGACCCUGAAGAGAAACUCACAUGGCGGACACCAGAGGGAAUCAACAUUAAACCUCUGUACACAAGGCAAGACACAGCAAAACAUGAGGAGGAACUUCCGGGUAAAUUCCCUUUUACGAGAGGUCCCUACCCUACAAUGUACACACAGAGACCAUGGACUAUUAGACAGUAUGCAGGUUUCAGUACUGUGGAAGAGAGUAACAGGUUUUAUCGAGAAAACAUCAAGGCGGGACAGCAAGGAUUGAGUGUUGCGUUUGACCUACCUACUCAUAGAGGGUAUGAUUCUGAUAAUCCUCGUGUCCAUGGUGAUGUUGGUAUGGCUGGCGUUGCCAUAGAUACAGUUGAAGAUAUGAAGAUGUUGUUUGAUGGAAUCCCAUUGGAUAAGAUGUCCGUUUCCAUGACGAUGAAUGGAGCUGUUCUACCAGUUAUGGCAAUGUUUAUCACCGCUGCUGAAGAACAGGGAGUAAAGCAAGAACUGUUGACAGGCACAAUACAGAAUGAUAUAUUGAAGGAGUUUAUGGUUCGUAAUACCUACAUCUAUCCACCCGACCCAUCAAUGCACAUCAUUGGAGACAUCUUUACUUAUACAUCCAAGUACAUGCCAAAAUUCAACUCGAUCUCAAUCUCUGGAUACCAUCUUCAAGAAGCAGGAGCUGAUAAUGUCUUGGAGUUGGCCUUCACUUUAGCAAAUGGACUUCAGUAUUGCAGAACAGGCUUAUCAGCUGGUAUGGACAUAGAUGCCUUUGCUCCUCGUCUGUCAUUUUUCUGGGCUAUUGGGAUGAACUUCUACAUGGAGAUUGCCAAGAUGCGAGCAGCAAGACGUCUUUGGGCUCAUAUGAUUAAAGACAACUUCAAACCCAAGAAUCCUAAAUCACAGAUACUCAGGUGUCAUUCGCAGACAUCGGGGUGGUCUCUCACAGAACAAGAUCCCUAUAACAAUGUGAUUCGUACAACCGUAGAAGCAAUGGCUGCAGUGUUCGGUGGUACCCAGUCGCUUCAUACUAAUUCCUUUGAUGAAGCUUUAGGGUUACCAACCGUCAAGAGUGCAAGGAUUGCAAGAAACACACAGAUCAUUCUCCAAGAAGAAAGUGGUAUACCAAACGUGGCAGACCCAUGGGGUGGGUCAUUCUUAAUGGAGAGCUUGACGAAUGAUAUGUAUGAAGAGGCAAAGAAAAUAAUAGAUGAGAUUGAAGAGAUGGGAGGGAUGGCUAAAGCUGUUGCCGAGGGAUAUCCCAAACUCAAGAUUGAAGAAUGUGCGGCUAAACGCCAAGCUCGCAUUGACUCAAGUCAAGAGGUGAUUGUCGGAGUCAAUAAAUAUAAGCUAAAGGAAGAGGAUCCAAUCGAGGUGCUUGCUAUUGAUAAUACAAUGGUGCGAGAACAACAGAUUAACAAGCUAAAGAACAUCAGAGAGACAAGGAACCAGACCGCUGCUCAGCAAGCGUUGGAUGACUUGACUGAAUGUGCUCGGACUGGAGAAGGAAACCUUCUGGAAAUGUGUGUCAAUGCAGCUCGUUUGCGAUGCAGUGUUGGUGAGAUUUCAGACGCUAUGGAGAAAGUUUUCUCUCGUCACGUUGCUGUUGAUAGAAUGGUGAGCGGAGCUUAUAAAUCAGAGUAUGGAGAAGACAAGGAACUAGACGCUUGCAUCGCUAGAAUUGAGGAGUUUUUGGAGAAGGAAGGGCGUCGCCCUCGUAUCCUGGUCGCUAAGAUGGGUCAGGACGGUCAUGAUCGAGGGGCAAAGGUCGUAGCUACAAGUUUUGCUGACAUUGGGUUUGAUGUAGACAUUGGACCUCUCUUCCAGACUCCUGAGGAAGUCGCCCAACAGGCCAUAGAUUCUGACGUCCAUGUUGUUGGAGUUAGUACCUUAGCAGCGGGUCAUAAGACGUUGGUUCCAGAGCUGAUUAAAGCACUCACUAAGAUGGGUAGAGGCGAUAUCUGUGUGAUUGUCGGUGGAGUAAUUCCUCCUCAGGAUUAUGAAUUUCUCUUCGACCAAGGAGUGAAAAGCAUCUUUGGUCCUGGAACGAGGAUUCCAGUUGCAGCUAUUAAAGUCAUCGAUGAUGUUGCGGAAUCAUUGAAUCAUAGGAUAAGUGGCAGUAACUAAGGAAAAUAUGUAUUUUGUUUGAUAUUAUUAUUAUUAUUGGUUUAUUCAAAACACUUCUUGUAACCCAAAAGCUGAAUUCCACAGUGUUUGUACAUAAAUAGUAAAAAACAAUAAAAUAUAACAAAAUACAGAGUUUUACUGUUAACAGAAAUAACAGCAAUACAAUAUAGUACCCUUGAUAUGUUAUUGUUAUGACAACAAUAUAAGUGUCUCUAAUGUGUUUGUUUUGAGGUUUGUUUGUUUCUUUGUUUAGCAGCAUAUAGCUUCCCUGGUCAAGUUUGAACAAGAUGACUAAAGUUGACCAUUGGAUGCACCUAUAGGUAACCAUUGAAUAUUGACUAGUAGUUUGGCCCCAGUUGCAGCCAUUGGAUUCAUCCGUGGUAUUUCUGAAUCACUGCUUCAUAAGUGGCAGUACUUAUGUAGGACUUGCCUUUAAAGGCGGUGGACACUAUUGGUAAUACGUUAAAAUAUUUAUUGGCAUGAAACCUUGCUUGGUAACGAGUAAU